GAAAUUAACGGUUGAAAUUAAGUGUUUUUGGUUAUUGAAAAUUUAAAUUCUAAGUUAUCGUAUAUUUUUUGGAAAUUUUUUUAUAUUUUUGCAAUUAAAAUUAAUAUUGAUUUUAAAAUUUAUAAUUAAUUGAUUAGCCAUUUGGAAUGAUACAAAACAUCACAUUUUAUUUAUUACUACAGUUUUUUACAAGUAGUUUUAAAUAUUUAAUUCAGUAAAUAAUGACAGACCCAGACCUUGGCCCUAAGGCUUCAUCAACAGCAUUCAGACCUCAACGUUUUCGAUCUUUACAAAGAUUUAACAAUAUUGAUUCUGUAAAUGAUUCUUUUGGAUCAAUGUAUUCUAAUGAACUUACUAGUAAUGAUUUAAUAAAAAAAACUUUCUCCGAGGAAUCUUCUAACAAAAUGUCCAAACAAAUGGAUUCUAUGUUAAGCGGACAAUCUUCAUUAGGCAUAUUAGAGCUUGAUAAUAUGUCUGAUAUUAUACAAGAUCUUAAGAAAAAAGAAGAUUUGUCUAGUAUAGAAACCAAACAUCCAAUAAUUCAGCAACGCCAAAGUCAAGCUAGGUUAUCAUUAGCUAGAGCAAGUUCAGCUGCUAAUAAUUUUGGUAAUGAUAAAAUUUUACGACCUACAUCAUCUAAUAUCACUAAUGUUAAUGUAUUUGAAGAUAUGCUUUCAUAUGGAAUAAAUAAUUUUAGCUCUUCAUUUUCAAGUGUUGAUUUUAUACCCGGUAGUGAGUUUAAAGAAAAUCUAGCAGAAAUUGAAGAAGUUAAUAGAAAAGAAUUUGGUUCAUUAUCAGAAAGCCGUUUCAAUUUUUCUUUAGAAGGAGAAAGACAAUCAUUUGAAAAUAAAUCAUUAGCUGCAAAAUAUUUUGCAACAAAAUGUGUUCCAAUUGAAGAUUUAUCAACUAUUUUUCCAUCCAAAAAAAACAUUAAUAAAACGUUUUUAAAAAAAUCCCAAGAAAAUAAAAAUUUAUCUUUUAAAAAAAUUGAUAAUAGCCAAAGUUUAAAAGAGCCUGAAAGUCUUAGCCAUAAAACUAUGUCAUCUAUUACUUCAUGGACAGAUAGUCAUGUUUCAAAUAACUUGAUGAAUAUGACAAGCCUUUCUGAAAUAUCAGAAAUGCUUUAUCAAAAUUCUGAUCCUGAAAAAUCCAAGAAUUUUGCUAAAAUGCUGUUAUCUGGAGAUAAUUUUGAAUUUAUUGAAAAGGAAAAAUCCAUUAGGUUGCCCCUAAGACGACUCUCUACAUCCACUAGAUUUUCUAACGUUUCACAAAGUCUUGAGCAUGCAGAUCUAUCUUUUUCAAAGUUGAAAAACUUUGAUUCUCCUAAAAAAAACAUUACCAAACUAGAAAAUAAUUUUACAAAUAGCCAAUUUAAAAACCACUACAAUGUAGAUUCUCCUAAAAUAAUUUCAUGUGAUAUUGCUGAAAAUUUAAUAGAAAAAAAUUCAAGUGAUGUAAAUUAUACUCACAAUUUAAAACAAUGUACAACAAACAAUGAUGUUCAAUAUAGUGAGAACACUACUAUGUUUUGCUCUUCUGCUUUAUUUAUUAGAGAUCAUAAGAACACUACACGUGAAGGUGGUUAUUUUACAUUAACAUCUGUUGAAGGAUUCUUUGAAAAUUGUACAUCUGAAAAUAAUCUUAUAAUAAAUCCUGUGGACCUUUCAAAGUAUAUUAUUUUAAACAAUGAAAAACAAAAUGUGAAUGACAGUUUAAAUUUGAAUAUGUCUCCUAAUAUAUCUAAAGUAGUUUAUUGCAAUGAAGCUUUAUCUCAAGAUAAAUGUAACCAAUCAAAUAGUCAAAAUAGUGAUUCUUUUAAAGCUCUUGAUAUUGGUGAUGUUUGUAUUGGAACAUAUUCUCAAGCAGUAAUAACAUUAGAAAAUAGAUUAAAUAAAAAUACCAAAUUUACAUUGUACUUGCUGGAAGUGGUACUCAAUCAUGCAAAUACAGAUUAUUUUUUUGAAAAUGAUAAUGUCUCACCAAAAACUGCAAUUGUUCUUUGCUCCAAAAAAUCUAUUAACAUAUCAUCUUUAUCAGAAGCCAAAAUUAUUAUUGGAAUUAUUCCUCUAGUAGUUGGAAAUAUAAAUGUUUACAUAAGGCUUAUGAGUGAAGACACAUCUCAAGAAAUUAAUCGAAAAAUAACAGUUCAAUCUGUUGAGCCACAGAUAUCAUGGCUAAAUAACUAUUGUGGUUCAAUAGACUUUGGUGUAUUAUUAGAAGAGUCUAAAAAGUCUGAACCCAUUGAACUGGUUAAUGUUGGAAAUUAUCAAGUUCCAAUAAAACUGAUACUCAAUCAGGAAGAUUCUAGUGAUAUUAUUCAAAUAAAAGCCGUUAUCAAACCUACAGAAUUAUGGAAGUGUAAUGUAAAUUUCAUUACAUCUAUACUUCCCUAUGAUACAAUAAAAAAAUCAAUCGCUGGUCGACUUCGUAUAACUUUGGAUUCAGUAGAAGAGCUAAUGACUACUUAUUCUCCAUUGCUAUAUUCUUCAAAUCUAUGUGGGAGUAUAAUUCAAACAUCAAUAAUAUUUGACCAAAAUCCUUUAGUUUUAAAAAAACAAGGAUCUUCACUAAUGGGUGGUAUUGUAGAAGUUAAAAAUAAUUCCUUACAGCCAAUCAGCUUAUUUAUUAAGUUAAAACAUGAAAAAUGUUCAUUACUGACAAUUAGCCCCAAUAAAUUACAGUUGGAAGAAAAUGAGAAAGCCAAAGUUAACAUUUAUUGCCAAUUAUCAUCAAAGUUGUAUGGUUUUAAUGACGAAGAAAUAGUUUUUCAAGUUUUAUCUUCAAAAAAGCAAUUUAAUUUACAUGUCAAUGCACAAAUAAAUGACUCAAAGUUUGAUAUGGCUGAUUUGCAGUCAAAUACUUUAUCUUCGCGUCCCAUGUCUCCCUGGAGUACUACCUCAUCCAGUGCAGCAAUUGGACAACUUGAAUUGGAGUCUACUAGUUCAAACCUUGUAUGGGGAAGUGUAACACCCAACACAAAAUCUGUACAAACAUUUACAUUGCGUAACCGUGGAACACAUAAAGAAAAGCUAAGACUAUUUAUUAAAGAUAACAAAAAUUGUUUUAAAUUUAUAAAUACUGGUGAAAAUCAAGUAUCUGAGAUGAAAUUAUUGUUGGAGCCCAUGGAAAGUCAAAAAGUUAGUGUUGUUCUUAUAUCCACUUCAAAUGAAGGUGAAGCUUAUGGUCAAAUUGUACUUCAAAGACAAUGUAAUGUUAAUGAUAAAAAAGUGAUUUCUUUGUAUGGCUACUGUGGUUAUUCUGAUAUUAUUAUUCAAGGCGUAUUUGAGGAUAACAUUGGUCAUAUGUGGCUUUAUCCUAAUGCACAGCUAAUGUCUGCAAAAUUUACUGUAAUUAACUCAGGAAAUACAACGGCUUUUGUUAAAAUUAUUCCAGAAAAUUCUACUGAAGAUAUAAUUCAACCAAAUGAAUUCAUCCUAAAAAAAAGUCAAAAAAUUAUUGUCAAUAUUUCUGUGAAUAUGACUCCUGAAAGGCUUGAAAUUUUACUCGAUCAAGAUAAUAAUUCAAAAUUUCUCAACAUAAAUAAUUUAUCUCUUAUUUAUGGAGAUGAAGUUACACGUGUUCGUGUAUCAAGGAUAUGGCAAGCAAUAAAAAAAGGCAAUCAAAUACCUGUGUAUCCAAGUAAACAAAGAUUAAAUGAUGUAUCUAGUAUGUUCAAUAAUGUUUACUUUGUUGAUGUAAAUCAUGUAGCUGAUUCAGAGAAAGCAUUAUUUAAAUUAUGGAAAACAGGCAUAAAUGAAAUUAAUAUCGGAGUUCUAAUGGAAAAAAACAAUUUGGAGUCCUUAUUGUGUGAAACAACAACAGUGUUUAAUGAUUUAGAAACUACUGUGAUUAAUAAACUGGAAAUAUAAAAAUAAAACAAGAAGACACUCAAGAACUUGAGUUUGGUAGUAUUGUUUCAUGCAUAUAAUUUAUAAGUUAAUUAUAUUUUGUACUAUAUAUUUAUAAGACUACAUCUAUGAUCUCUAUGUUAAUUUUAAAAUAUAUUUUAAUUUUUAUUAAAUGA